CAUUGCAGCGUCCCCCAACCCCACACCCCCCAUCGCACCUGCUCUGUGGCCACCAGGCGCUGAGCCAGUGCCAGCCCACAGUGCACACCUCCAAGAAGCCCAGGUCCAGAGGGUGGGAGCCGGUACAGAGAUCCAGACCCACUUGCCUCGCUCACAGGCUGGGGCCUGGCUGCCCGCCACACGGUGCCGCAUGCAUGCCUCCUGAGGUUACUUUACGUGACGCCUCUCGACCCCCAUCGUCACGGGCCACCGCGUACUGAGGGUCUCAGCCUCGCGCCUAACAAGAAGCGGGUGGUUUCCCCGCCACCUUCCCGUCAGUAGUAGAACCAACACUUAGUCACUGGUUAGAGCAAAAACUCAGUAAACAGAAUCCAUGGGUAUCGGUUCAGCCACCAGCUCAGCCAGGGAUUUCCCUUUCCUUCCUCGUCACGUUGUUUAUGGUAGUCAGUUGCUCACAGGUAGCAAAAUCGACUGAUGAAAAUGUGUCCCUCCCCGCUGCCCUGAGCCCUGUCCAGCAGGCUGGCAGCGGCUGCUUUGGGCUUCAGCUCCCCAAGCUGAGAACUGGGGCUACCUUUCUUGUGUGGUAGCUGACUUCUUCCUAGCACAGGCCGAGUUAGUGGCUCUGUCCUGUGCGAGACCGGCAGCCUAGUGGUCAGGAAUGCCAUUUCUAGAUUACUUCCAGGGAAGAAGUUUCUAAAUGGUGUCUUCAGUGUACUCUGAAGAAUAAACUUCUAAAAUGAAAUCUUGAAUUGGUAAUACACUCAAAAGCGCAGACGUUCUUAUGCUUGUUUCCAGAGAGAAACAACAUAACCCGUCUCUUACAGGGCCUUCCAGAGAAACAGCCGCACCUGCGAGUAAAGAGGUCUUUAUUAAAGAGACGAUUUAUAUUAAUAGUGUAUUUGAGUCUUUUAACAAUACAUUCAUGCUCUACUUUUGCCUUCAUUUUAAACAGGAAACAACUCAUCUGCCGCCUCCUAGCUUCUGUUACAUCCUCACUGCUCAUCCAAAUCUGGGACAAAUUGAUGCAAUUGAAGAAGACUCUAUUUCGAAGCUUUACCAGCCUCCGAUUCCCCGCUUCUUAAGAGAAAUUCUCCAGACCGAUGGCCCCUGUACCCGUUGCAGUUUCUAUGCCAGAGUGAUUUACCAAAGACCACAGGUAAACAGUUUGCUUCUGGAGCCAAGGGAGAUGUGGCUGGUGGUGACCGAUGUUACUCUGCAAACACAGGACGAGGGCUCGGGUCUCCCCAGAACCGUGCCUGUGCGUGUGGCCCCCUCAUGCGUGCUGGGCCAGGAAGUCCGGGACACGCUCUCCGAGGCCACCUCCCAGAGCUUCUUCUUCAGGGAUGCUCUCCGAGACCAGGGCCCCAUCCCGAAGUCCACUGCGGACAAGACCCCCGUGAUGGCCACACGGACAGAACCAGAACCCCCUGCAUGCGGUGCCGGCACGGCAGCAGGAGAUGCCGGUGGUCACUCAAGGGUGGUCUGUUGGGGGAUCACACUUGACAGGUGCAGAAGUCACCUGAAGCCACUGCCUGGCGCGUCACUGUUUAAAACAAAUAAAAAGCUAGAACAUUUAAACGCAUGCUUUUGCCCCUCAGUAUCCACCCCUCUGUGGACACCAAGGCCUGCAGGCGCUCAGGUUCCUUCUGUAAAAUGGUGGUAUCUGCAUAUGAGCUGCGCACAUCCUCCCACAUUUUUUUUUUAAUAAAUGUAUUUACUUAUUUUUGUCCGCGUUGGGUCUUCGUUGCUGUGCGCGGGCUUUCUCUAGUUGCGGCGAGCGGGGGCUACUCUUUGUUGCCGUGCGUGGGCUUCUCAUUGCAGUGGCUUCUCUUGUUGCAGAGCACGGGCUUUAGUAGUUGUGGCACGUGGGCUCAGUAGUUGCGGCACACGGGCUUCAGAGUGCAGGCUCAGUAGUUGUGACCCACGGGCUUGGUUGCUCUGCGGCGUGUGGGAUCUUCCCGGCCCAGGGCUCGAACCCGUGUCCCCUGCAUUGGCAGGCGGAUUCUUAACCACUGCGCCGCCGGGGAAGCCCUCCUCCCACACUUUGAAUCUUCUCCAGAUCACUUCCGAUGCCUAACACGAUGUCGGUGCUGUGUAAAUACUUGCCAGUGUGCAGCAAGUUCACAUUUUGCUUUCUGGAACUUUUUUUCCAAAUAUUUUCCAUCCACCGUUGUUUGCGUCCGUGCUAGUGUGAAUCUGCAGAUGCAGAACUUGCAGAUACAGAGACCUAACUGUAUGCUUAGAUUAGUCAGUGCUUUUUUCCAGAAAUCGAAGUAAGAUCCUGCCUAGCCUGUAUAUUUUUCAGUGUAUAUAACUUGCAUGUCACAGAAUUUGCCUUUAUGAAUGGAAUCUGAACCUAGUGUUUGUGUGCUCUUACAGCUUAGCGCACAAGGCUUUGGGCUUCCUUUCUGCACGGUGCUGUGUCUCCGGACACACAGGGGCCGCACAGUGGUGCCCUUGGCUCCCCCAGUCCCCCCAGCUCCCAGGAGGCUGGCAAAGGACACAUCUCUACUGGCAGGAGAACUCGCUUGUUUCAAACCUCAGAGCUGCAAUAAUCUGAAGUGUCUCUGU